CCAAUUGUAGAAAGUCCGUAGGGCUCAGCCCAGCAUCGCCGCCGCCACCACCACUUCCUCCACCGACCUUCCUCUCUGAAAAUUUCCCUCGACUCCGAUUUUUCCUCAGUUAGGGUUAGGGUUUGUUUCCAAAGAUGGAUGAGUAUCAAGAGAUGGAGAGCUUUGGCAUGGACAACGACUUCGAAGACGGUCAAUGGAUCAACGGCGAAUUCUACUACCGUAAGCGCAGGGACAAGCGCCACCAGACCAAAGACGACGUCCUCUAUGGUGUAUUCGCCGACUCCGAUUCCGACGACUCUUCCUCUGCCAAGAAGCGCCGUAAGGACCUCUCCAACAAGACCGAUUUCACCAAGCCCGUCAAUUUCGUCUCCACCGGCGUCGUCAUGCCCACCCAAGAAAUCGAACGUAAUUCCAGGGAGCAAGUCAACGAAGACGACGGCGGCAGCGGCGGCGACAGGCCCGGUUUGGGCCUCGGUUCUACCAAUUUCGGUUCAGGUAUAGGCUUUACUUCCAAUUCCGGUUCGUUUUCGAAAAAUGUUGGCAAUAACGAAGUAGAUGAACAUGAUAACGAUGAUGAUGGUUUCCUUCCCACUGCGUUCGGAAGGAAGAUUAAGGAGGGUGCCCAGCGGCGGGAGAGAGAGAGGGAGAAGUCGAAAUUAGUUAAGAAAUCUCAAGGAGGGAGAAGAGAGGCUGAAUUGGGGGAUGUCGGACGAUUUGAGAAGUUUACGAAAGGGAUUGGGAUGAAAUUGAUGGAGAAAAUGGGUUACACAGGAGGUGGUCUGGGGAAAAAUGAGCAAGGGAUUGUUGCUCCGAUUGAGGCUAAGUUACGACCCAAGAAUAUGGGGAUGGGUUUUAACGAUUACAAGGAGACGAAAUUGCCUGCAUUGCAAGAACCUGAGGAGAAGAAAUCGUUGCCUGGGACCACGCAGGCUGUGAAUAAGAGUAAAGGGAAGCUCUGGACGAAGCAAGCCAGCGGGAAGAAAAAGGACAGAUACAUUACAGCUGAGGAGUUGCUUGUGAAGAAGCAAGAGCAGGGUAUUGAAGUUGUUCAGAAGGUGUUUGACAUGAGGGGGCCCCAGGUUCGCGUUUUGACGAAUCUGGAGGAUUUGAAUGCUGAGGAGAAAGCCAGGGAAAAUGAUAUACCAAUGCCUGAACUUCAGCAUAAUGUGAAGUUGAUUGUGAACUUAGCUGAGCUUGAUAUACAGAAGUUGGACAGGGAUUUGAGGAAUGAGAGAGAGACAGUGGUGAGCUUGCAGAUGGAGAAGGAGAAGUUACAAAAAGAGGCAGCUCAUCAGAAGACACAGUUGGAUAAUACAGAACAAAUAGUUAGUGUAUUGGACAUAAUAAGUGAGGAGAAUUCAGUAGGAAAAUUGACAUUGGAUUCACUUGCAAAGUAUUUUGGUGAUUUACGAAGGAGAUUUGCCGAAGAUUACAAACUUUGUAAUCUGUCAUGCAUUGCUUGCUCAUUUGCUCUCCCUUUACUUAUUAGAGUGUUCCAGGGAUGGGAUCCCCUUCAAAAUCCAUUGCAUGGCUUGGAAGUGAUGUCCUCAUGGAAAAAUCUAUUGCAAGGAGGGGACGAUAUUUUUGAUCUCUCUGAUGUGGGAUCACCUUAUACACAGUUGGUUAUGGAAGUUGUUUUACCUGCUGUAAGAAUAUCUGGAAUCAACACUUGGCAAGCCAGGGACCCUGAACCGAUGCUUCGCUUUUUGGAGUCAUGGGAAAAAUUGCUUCCUUCCUCAGUCCUUCAAACCAUGCUUGACAACAUUGUUUUGCCUAAAUUAUCUUCUGCUGUAGAUGUGUGGGACCCACGUAGGGAAACCGUUCCAAUCCAUGUUUGGGUGCAUCCAUGGCUACCACUGUUGGGUCAGAAGUUGGAGAGUUUAUAUUGGAAGAUAUGUGAUAAAUUGGGCAAUGCUCUUCAAGCAUGGCAUCCUAGUGAUGGGUCUGCUUACACUAUCCUGUCACCUUGGAAGACAGUUUUUGACUCUACAAGUUGGGAGAGACUUAUGGUUCGAUCAAUAAUUCCGAAAUUGAUGAAUGUCCUGCAAGAAUUUCAAGUAAACCCAGCAAGUCAGAACCUCGAUCAGUUCCAUUGGGUCAUGUCUUGGGCUUCUGUAAUUCCAAUUCAUCGCAUGGUUGAAUUGUUGGAACUUCAUUUCUUCCCAAAGUGGCAGCAGGUUUUGUACCAUUGGUUGUGUUCAGGCCCAAACUUUGAAGAGGUUACACAAUGGUAUUUGGGUUGGAAGGGACUCUUGCCCCAAGAACUUCUUGCCAAUGAACAGAUCCGCUAUCAGCUUAAUAUUGGUCUUGACAUGAUGAACCAGGCUGUUGAAGGUAUGGAGGUGGUCCAACCUGGUUUGCGAGAGAACAUUAGCUAUCUUCGGGUGCUUGAACAACGGCAGUUUGAGGCUCAGCAGAAAGCAGCUGCAGAUGCUCGACAGCAAGCUGCCGCGAGUCUGGGUGGCACAACCCAGAUGGAUGGCAUUGGAGGUGUGCUUGAGAUGAGUUUGAAAGAAGUUAUUGAGGCACAUGCACAACAGCAUGAAUUGCUGUUUAAGCCUAAACCUGGCAGAAUGUAUAAUGGUCACCAGAUAUAUGGCUUUGGUAACAUAAGCAUAAUAGUGGACUCUCUAAAUCAAAAGGUAUUUGCCCAACAUGAAGAAAGAUGGUCCUUGGUAACCCUGGAGCAGUUGCUGGAGAUGCACAAGAAUUCUAUUUUGAAGUGACAUGGAGUUUAGGUGUUUUUUUGAAGAGUUCUUGGAUGCAAAGUGGCUCUAGGGUGGCACUGUGGCAGCAUUUCAGGUUGCCUUGUUUGUAGCCAUUAUGCAUAAAUGCAAUGAGAGAAAAACAAAAUAUUUUUGAAGUAAAACUUCUAGGUUAUUGGGUUUCUGUUGUAAAUUUCAACAAUGGGAAUGCUUGUUAUUUGAUUCUUCAUUGUCAGCUUUGUUAUAUAACAAUGAACCUUGGUUCAA